GAAACUCAAAUUCCAAAUUUGUUAGACAGAUUGAGAUGGGAGAGCUGCACCCCCUACCUCGUCGCCAUGGUCUAGAAGCUUCAAAGUCAUGAGUUCAUAUGACCUUAUAGGUUACCAGCCUUCCCCAACCCAUAAAUUUAACCCAGACGGAGUCCGAUCUCUCCUCUCUCUCUAACUUCUCCCUUCUUCAUCCCUAUCUGCUUUGUACUUCAAUUCCUGCCACGAAAACCUUCUUGUUUCUGGAUUUGUUCAAAGUGAUUUGCUUUUGGUUUCUGAUUUAUAUACAUACAUACAUAUAUAUAUAUAUAUAUGUCUAUCAGAAGCAGCUUCUUAGCAGGAAUCCCGUCAUAUGUUCAAGAGGCAUAUUGAUAUUUCGAAGUCUCGGAGUUCUCCUGGAUUUCGAAACCUACAAUCUAACUUGGUAUUUGUCAAAUUUCUUAUCCCACAAGUUUGGUUGGACUUUUUCUUCUCGAUCAACCCUCUGAAGCCAUAACAGAAGCAUUGAUCAUAUUUUCUUGUAAAUAUUUCUGUUGUUAGAAUGAAGGUACUAAAUCAAAACCCUUUAAACUUCUUCUCAAAGCUCUUCAAUUUCCAGCUCAACCUCCUCAAUCUCCUCUUCUACUUCCUCCUCUUCGGCGGCGGUCUGACCCUCGGAAUGGUGCUCAGCUUCUACAUGAAAGACUUUUCCUUGAGUCUGCAAUUAGCACAAUUCUCCUUCUCGACCUCAACAUCUGCAUCCAAUCCGCACAGCCUAAUGCCGAACGUAAAAGCAGUCCAACCGAACGAGAGCUAUCGUCCUCCUCGUAUAGGAUUGAAGGAGUAUCUAAAGCCGCCGGAGGUUUUCCACGACAUGGACGAUGUGGAGUUGCUGUGGAGAGCUUCGAUGAGUCCUCGGAUUUCCGAGUAUCCGUUUCCCCGUGCUCCCAAGGUUGCCUUCUUGUUCUUGGUAAAGGGUCCUGUUCUUUUGGCCCCGUUGUGGGAGAAGUUCUUCAAAGGACAUCAAGGAUUGUACUCGAUCUACGUGCACUCGAAUCCAUCUUACAAUGGAUCGCACCCGGAAACUCCAGUUUUUCAUGGCAGAAGAAUUCCUAGCCAGGUCAGUUACUUUUCCUGCAUAAAUUUAUUUGUUAGCUAUCCUGCACACCGUGAUCUGAUGACGAUUUUGGAGUGCUAAUAACAAUUCCGUAAAUAAUUAGAUGCCGCAAAGGUGAGAUUUGGAGGGAACAUUAGUUUUGAAUGAAAGAUUAAGAAUCCAUUAAACAAUGACAUGAUUGUGUGAAGUUGAUUGACUAAAAUGUUUAAACUACAAACCUUGUUGGCAAAAUAAGAUUAAAUGCUUGACAGAGCACCUGCUCUGUUUUAGACAAUCCACCUACUUGAAAGCACAUAUUUGGUCUAGGAGCUCAUGCCUUCAAAUCAUCUUAGUUCUCUUAA